AUGAUCUCUCGUUUUGCUACCGGCAGCUCUACAGCCGCGGCCGUUCGCGCCGCGCGCUCUACGCGCACUUUGCGCCCUUUCACCAUCACGCUACGCGGACUGGCGUCUGCGGCUAUCCCAAGCACGCAAAAGGGUGUGAUUUUCUACGAGCCACACGGUGAGCUCUUCUACAAGGACUUACCCGUGCCAAAACCCAAGCCCAACGAAAUCCUGGUCAACGUCAAGUACUCCGGUGUAUGUCACACGGAUUUACACGCCUGGAAGGGUGACUGGCCUUUGCCGGUCAAAUUGCCGCUAGUUGGUGGCCACGAAGGUGCAGGUGUGGUGGUGGCCAAAGGUGAAAACGUCACCAACUUCGAAAUCGGCGAUCUUGCUGGUAUCAAAUGGCUAAACUCAUCGUGUAUGUCGUGUGAAUUGUGUGAGCAGGGUUACGAAGCCAACUGUUUGAAAGCCGACUUGUCCGGUUACACGCACGACGGUUCGUUCCAACAAUAUGCCACUGCAGACGCCGUCCAAGCCGCGCAGAUCCCCAAGGGUACCGAUCUCGCUCAGGUGGCCCCUAUUUUGUGUGCAGGUGUGACUGUUUACAAGGCGCUUAAAACCGCGGAGUUACAGCCCGGACAAUGGGUGGCUAUCUCCGGUGCCGCCGGUGGCCUCGGUUCCUUGGCAGUGCAGUACGCUCGUGCCAUGGGGCUCCGUGUGCUCGGUAUCGACGGUGGUGAGGGCAAGGAAGAAUUGUUCAGAUCGCUGGGCGGUGAAGUGUUCAUCGAUUUCACCAAGACCAAGGACAUGGUUGGCGCCAUCCAGGAGGCCACGCACGGUGGGCCCCACGGUGUGAUCAACGUGUCUGUGUCGGAAGCCGCCAUCAGCAUGUCGACGGAAUACGUCAGACCCACCGGUACCGUGGUUUUGGUCGGGUUACCCGCCAAUGCUUACGUCAAAUCGGAGGUUUUCUCGCACGUCGUCAAGUCCAUCAGCAUCAAGGGCUCGUACGUCGGUAACCGUGCCGACACCCGUGAAGCGCUGGACUUUUUCGCCAGAGGCCUGGUCAAGUCUCCUAUCAAGUUGAUUGGUCUUUCCGAACUUCCUCAGGUGUACAGUCUCAUGGAGGAAGGCAAGAUCCUCGGCCGUUACGUGGUCGACACUUCGAAAUAA